AUGGUGGCGGCGGUGUGUGUAGACAUAUAAACCCCAUGAUUUAACCAGACAUGUUUCUGUGCUUUUCUCUCCCAGAAUGAAUUCAUCUUCAUCGUCUUCGACGUAUUUCAUUCUUGGUGCUUAUCUGGAUGUUGGGAAGUUGCGAUAUUUCUUCUUCCUGGUGACGCUGGUCCUCUAUGUGCUCAUCGUUCUGGUCAACAUGUCUCUGAUGCUGCUGAUCUGUGUGAACAGGAGCUUACAUGAACCUAUGUACAUGUUCCUGUGCAGCCUGUUUGUAAAUGAGCUGUAUGGUAGUACAGGCUUGUUUCCCUUCCUGCUGGUCCAGAUCCUCUCUGACCUCCACACGGUUUCUGUUCCUCUCUGCUUCCUGCAGGUCUUCUGUAUUUAUACCUACGGAGGUGUCGAGUUCAUGAAUUUGGCCGCCAUGUCUUAUGACAGGUACCUGGCCAUCUGCUUCCCUCUGCAGUACCACGGCCGGAUGACGCUGACCGCCACCGCCGUCCUCAUCCUCCUCAUCUGGUUUUACUCUUUUGCAAAGUUCAUCAUCACUUUAUCGCUGAGUGUUCGUUUGUCUUUCUGUGGAAACGUCAUCAACAGUCUGUACUGUCACAACUACCUGGUGGUAAAGUUGGCUUGUUCUGACACUCAGGUGAACAAUAUUUAUGGGAUUUUUGGGAUUUUUCUCUCCGUUGUGGCUCCUCUGCUUCCCAUUCUUUUCUCUUACCUGAGAAUCUUUCAGGUUUGUUUUGCUGGUUCCUGGCAGACCCGACAGAAAGCCAUCGGGACCUGCACACCUCACCUGGUCUCUCUGCUCAACUUCUCCUUUGGCAGCUGCUUCGAGAUCCUUCAGAGCCGGUUUGAUAUGAGCGGCGUUCCUGCUGUCCUGAGACUUUUCCUCUCGCUGUAUUUCCUCAUCAUCCAACCACUUCUGAACCCGGUCCUGUACGGGCUGCAGAUGUCCAAGAUCAGAAGGAUCUACAGAGAUUUCUUCUGCUCUAAAAGCAGAAACGCUGCAUAG